AUGUGCGAAAUUCCAUUGAAUAUCUUUCCGAAUAUUGUGAAUAUGCUUGGACAAAUGACCGUUGAUGUGAAUGCAAUGUGUCUUGAUCCAUCGGUCACGUACGUUCUCAUGAUUGAACAACGAGAGACUGCACCAUGUGAAGUGUUGAACCCAGCUGUUGCGCGAUGUCGUUUACCAAAAAUUCUCGACUGGGGAACCAAAACAGUCUAUUUUCAACCUCUGUCUGGUUUGGCAAACGAUGAAAAAGCUUAUAUCGGCUAUAUCUAUUUCGGUAAUUCAUAA